UUCACACCUCAACACCACCGAAGCACCAAAGCACGAAACGUAGGCCCACGAGCCAGCAGGUUCUGGACACAGACAACACGCGUCGGACUGUACCUGAGAGACAAGAUUAACUGCUUGCCUCUUAGUUGAGUCACUCACAACGCGCAUCUCGCAAACACGCAAUCCUGCACUGAAGAUGCAAGGACAUUCAACUCCACAACCAAAGACAAAGAGCUACGACGCCCGACAACGAACUACCGCCCCGCUGCACAGGAAACCGUGGCGGUCUGGGCAAGGGUUGCGGGCGACAAAUCCGCGAGAGUUGGAACGCUUCGUCGACAGUGGCAGGAUCGGCUCGGAGCAGGCCGGUAGCGCCGGAGCUCGCGUGAUGGUUCUUGAGGGGCACGCGCCGGGAGGAAUAUUUGGGCGGCCAGCAACAGGUCCUGGAAGAAUACAGUGGACCGUUGAGCAGGAGACCUCUCGCGUGUUGGCACCAGACAAUCCUUUCAGAAGGGCUACCAUAUGCGGGGGAGGCGUUAAUGUGGAGAGACCGUACUUCGAUUCCGCGCUCGCAGUCGUGCCGAAAGUUCAAGCCGUCCGCCCUCCUACGUGCCUAAGUCGGGCGGGGCCUCAGGGGGACCGCGCCCUCUUGGCACCGGAGGAACGUCGGGAGAUCAACGACUACGAAACGAAGAUGCAGAACGCUGAGAGGGUAGGCCGGAAAGCGAGGCAUCAAAAGACGAGGCUUGAUUUCAUCCUGAAGCAUCGCUACCCGGAGGGUGCCAUAGGCGUGGAUUCUCCGUCAAACCCUGCCUCGGAGGUUCACGCUGAGACGAGGCUCACCAGGGAAAAGAAGGAGGCGGCUUCAUCCGCCCAUGCCUCUGCGCGACGGGAUCGUCUGCACGACAUCCGGGGGGAUCCCCGACCUCGCUUUGGGUACGACCCUUGGCAGCACCCCGAUCUCCCGGCCGGAGGAGGAAUCCAACAAGGCGUUUUCGGAGGGGUGACUACUGAGGGUGGUGGAUGGGGUGCGAUAAAACAGGUCGGGGAAAACGGCGGGGAGCACUUCUUGCAGACUAAGACCAGAAAGGGCGCGAGACAGGCCUGCGGCGCCGAUGUGCCUCCAGCGGGGAGCCGAAUUGGCGACAACAUGGCACGCGGACAGCAGUCCUCCGCGAUGGGGCACGCGCGGAGCGAGACCUUCAUCAAUAUCCUUGGGAUGAGACAGAAGAUCCCCAAGUCGGACCCCCGCGUCCGUGCUCAGGCCCUGUGGGAAGAAGGUUGCGGCAGGCGGUCCUACGACAUCGUCACCGGCGUGCAGCUGCCGUUGCCUACGGUAAAGGCUGAGCGACCCCCCGGCCGCCUUGCGCACCCGUCGCAGCAGUCGCUUGAGCGAGGUAGAAACCUGCAGGCGUCGAUGAUUGCGGCAUAAUGAGGGGUAGAGACUGCUCUAUUUCUAGCCUGUAGAGGAAACACGUGAAAUCGGUUUACCGGGGGGUGAUGUUCGGCGAGGAUAAAUCGGAUUAGUGGUCGCAAAUUAUAGCUACGAUCUGAGGCAAUGGAUAUACGGUGCGAGAUGCGACGUACCUCGUAGAGUGAUUCAAUUAG